AGGAAAAGGGGAAAAAAAAAAAAAAAAGAAAGGAAAAAGAAAAAAAAAAAAAGGAAAAGAAGAGCCUAAGCAAAGCGGGGGAAGGCUGCUCUCCUCUGAGGACAGCGCGCAGCACCAUGCAGCUUGCGCCGCUGGCGCUGGCACUCACCACGCUCUUCAUUGACGGCUUGAGGACGGGAGCGAGGAGGCAGAAACUGCACCCCAGGCAAGCGAAGCUGCUGGAGAAGCUCAGCGAGUACGAGAUCGUGACUCCUACCCGGGUGAAUGAGUUUGGAGAGCCCUUCCCCACCGAUGUCCACUUCAGGCGGAGGCGGCGGAGCACCAACGCUGCCCCCGACGCCUGGACAGCCGCCGCCUCCUCCUCCUCAUCCUCCUCCCCUAAGGCUCACUACAGGCUUUCCGCCUUCGGGCAGCAGUUCCUCUUCAACCUGACGGCCAGCUCGGCCUUCAUCGCCCCGCUCUUCACCGUCAGCAUCCUGGGCGAGCCCGCCGCCGAGCAGCGGAACCUUUACGCCGAGGCUGCGGACACCGACGUGAAGCACUGCUUCUACCGGGGGCACGUCAACGCCCGGCCGCGGCACACCGCCGUCAUCAGCCUCUGCUCCGGGAUGCUAGGCACGUUCAAGUCUGAUGAUGGGGACUAUUUCGUAGAACCACUGCUGUCACUUGAGCAAGAGUAUGAAGAAGAGCACAAUAAGCCACAUCUCGUCUACCGACAUCGGACGCCUCCAACCAACUCUUCAGGGGACAGGCAGACUUGUGAUACUCCAGAUCACGAACACAGUCAUAAAAAGAACAAGCGGAAACACUGGAGAAAACAAUGGGUAGAAAGCAGCUUAUUAUCUGACACGGAAAUGUUGAAACACAGCCUGGAAGUGAAUCCGUUUUCUGCAGAUAGCAAUGAGACAGGGAAUGUCAGUGAGAAGAAGAGCCACAGAAGAACAAAGCGGUUCCUCUCCUACCCUCGAUUUGUGGAAGUGAUGGUGGUGGCUGACAGCAGGAUGGUUGCCUACCACGGGGCUAAUCUGCAGCACUACGUCCUAACGUUAAUGUCAAUAGUGGCUUCCAUCUACAAAGACCCAAGCAUUGGAAAUUUAAUUAAUAUUGUUAUUGUGAAGUUGGUUGUGAUACAUAAUGAGCAGGAUGGUCCUGCAAUAUCUUACAAUGCCCAGACAACUUUAAAAAACUUUUGCCAGUGGCAGCAAUCUCAGAACCACCCCGAAGGAAGUCAUCUGCAGCACGAUACAGCUGUGCUUGUCACCAGACAGGAUAUAUGCAGAGCGCAUGACAAGUGUGAUACUCUGGGUCUGGCAGAGCUGGGCACUGUCUGUGACCCCUACAGGAGCUGUUCAAUUAGCGAAGAUAACGGGCUGAGCACUGCUUUCACAAUAGCACAUGAACUUGGCCAUGUAUUUAAUAUGCCACAUGAUGACAAUCAUAAGUGCAAAGAAGAUGGAGGUAAAAAUCAACAGCACGUCAUGGCACCAACACUGAACUUCUACACCAAUCCCUGGAUGUGGUCAAAAUGCAGUAGGAAAUACAUCACUGAGUUUCUGGACACUGGCUAUGGGGAAUGUCUGCUUGAUGAGCCUACAUCAAGAACUUACGCUUUGCCUCAGCAGCUCCCGGGGCUCAUUUAUGACGUCAAUAAACAAUGUGAGUUAAUUUUUGGACCCGGAUCCCAAGUGUGCCCGUAUAUGCAGAUGCAGUGUCGGCGACUUUGGUGCAUUAACAUUGAUGGUGCACACAAGGGAUGUCGUACCCAGCACACGCCUUGGGCUGACGGGACAGAGUGUGAGCCUGGAAAGCACUGCCGUUAUGGGAUGUGUGUGCCCAAGGAGCGUGAGGCGCCAGUGGUGGAUGGAGCCUGGGGCACCUGGAGCCCUUUUGGGACGUGCUCAAGAACCUGCGGCGGCGGCAUCAAGACGGCCAUCCGGGAGUGCAACCGGCCUGAGCCUAAAAACGGUGGGAAAUACUGUGUGGGACGUCGAAUGAAAUUUAAAUCCUGCAACACUGAACCGUGCUCGAAGCUGAAGAAGGAUUUCCGGGAUGAGCAGUGCGCCGAUUUCGAUGGGAAGCACUUCAACAUCAAUGGGCUGCCCACAAAUGUGCGCUGGGUGCCCAAGUACAGUGGAAUCCUGAUGAAGGAUCGCUGCAAGCUGUUCUGCCGCGUGGCGGGGAACACCGCUUACUACCAGCUGCGGGACCGUGUCAUUGAUGGGACUCCCUGUGGCCCUGAUACCAAUGACAUCUGUGUGCAGGGCCUGUGCAGGCAAGCUGGAUGCGAUCAUGUGCUGAAUUCAAAAGCAAGAAGAGAUAAAUGUGGUGUUUGUGGUGGGGAUAAUUCUUCAUGCAAAACUGUUGCGGGCACAUUUAACACGGUGCAUUAUGGCUAUAACGUUGUGGUCCGCAUUCCAGCUGGUGCAACAAAUAUUGAUGUGCGUCAGCACAGUUACUCAGGGAAACCAGAGGAUGACAACUACCUGGCCUUAUCUAACAGUCAAGGAGACUUUAUAUUAAAUGGAGACUUUGUCGUCAGUAUGUUUAAAAGGGAAAUCAAAGUUGGGAAUGCUGUGAUCGAAUACAGCGGAUCGGAUAAUACUAUUGAAAGGAUUAAUUCUACAGAUCGGAUUGAGCAAGAAAUAACACUUCAGGUUUUAUCAGUGGGCAAUUUGUACAAUCCUGACGUUCGUUACACUUUUAAUAUCCCCAUUGAAGACAAACCUCAGCAGUUUUAUUGGAAUGCCUAUGGCCCCUGGCAGCCCUGCAGUAAGCUCUGCCAAGGAGAACGAAAAAGGAAGCCUGUGUGUACGAGGGAGUCAGACCAACUCACGGUGUCAGACCAGAGGUGUGAUCGGAUUCCCCAGCCCGACCCAAUAACAGAGCCUUGUGGUACAGAGUGUGAGCUAAGGUGGCACGUGGCAAGGAGGAGCGAGUGCACAGCCCAGUGCGGGCUGGGAUACCGGAUGCUGGAGAUCUACUGCUCCAAGUACAACAGGUUGGAGGGGAAGACAGAGAAAGUCGAUGACCGCUUCUGCAGCAGCCAAGCCAAGCCGAGCACAAGGGAGAAGUGCACAGGAGACUGUAACGUGGGAGGCUGGAGGUACUCUGCCUGGACAGAGUGCUCCAAGAGCUGCGGUGGGGGCACGCGGCGGCGGCGGGCCAUGUGUGUGAGCACCUAUAAUGACGUGCUGGAUGACAGCAAGUGCAGCCAGCAGGAGAAGCUGACAGUGCAGCGCUGCAGUGAGUUCCUGUGCCCCCAGUGGAAAACUGGAGAGUGGUCUGAGUGCCUGGUCACCUGUGGGAAGGGGCACAAGCAUCGCCAGACCUGGUGCCAAUUUGGGGAAGAUCGGCUGAACGACAGGUUUUGUGACCCCGAAACGAAGCCGGAGUCGGUGCAGACGUGCCAGCAGCAGGAGUGUGCAGCAUGGCAAGUCGGGCCCUGGGGGCAGUGCACGAUGACCUGUGGCCAAGGCUACCAGAUGAGAGCAGUGAAGUGUGUCGUGGGCACCUACAUGUCAGUGGUGGACGAUAAUGAAUGCAAUGCCGCAACCAAGCCAACAGACACCCAGGACUGUGAAAUUGCAGCAUGUCCUCCCCAUCCAAAUAGUCCCGAAGCCAAGAGAUCUGUAUCAGGCGUUCACAGGACACAGUGGAGAUUUGGAUCCUGGACACCGUGCUCUGCAACAUGUGGGAAGGGGACGCGGAUGCGAUACGUCAGCUGUCGGGAUGAGCAGGGCUCAGUGGCUGAUGAGUCUGCUUGUUUCCACCUGCCGAAGCCCUCAGCCACAGAAAUGUGCACCGUGACACCCUGCGGGCAGUGGAAGGCCUUGGAGUGGAGCUCUUGCUCGGUGACUUGUGGUCAAGGUAAGGCAACGCGACAAGUGAUCUGCAUCGAUUACAGUGACCAGCUGGUGGACAGGAGCGAGUGUGACCCAGAUGACCUCCCUGCUACCGAGCAGGACUGCUCCAUGUCUCCUUGUCAUCCGAACAGCCACGAUUAUGGCAGGCCCAUCCACCCCUUCCUCUAUCCGGACCAUCGCCUCAAGCUGCACCCUGGAGGCAGUCCCAACCGAAACCGAGCACAUAUACCAGGAGGCAAUCAGUGGAGAAUUGGUCCCUGGGGGGCUUGCUCCAGCACGUGUGCAGGGGGGUUCCAGCGACGCGUCGUGGUGUGCCAGGAUGAAAAUGGAUACACUGCAAAUAACUGCGAUGAGAAAACCAAACCUAUGGAGCAGAGAUCAUGCGAGUCUGGCCCCUGUCCUCAGUGGGCUUAUGGCAACUGGGGAGAGUGCACGAAGCCAUGCGGGGCCGGGACGAGAACGCGGCUCGUGGUGUGCCAGCGCCCCAAUGGAGAAAGGUUCACGGAUCUGAGCUGUGAAAUCCUCGACAAGCCACCGGACAGGGAGCAGUGCAAUGUGCAGGACUGUCCUAGAGAUGCUGCCUGGAGCGCUGGUCCCUGGAGCUCGUGUUCUGUCUCCUGCGGAAGGGGCCAAAGGCACCGCACUGUGUACUGUUUGACAAAGGAAGGGAGGCAUGUAGAAGAAGAUUAUUGCAAGCACCUUGUUAAGCCCAAUGUGCAAAAGAAAUGCAGAGGGGGCAGAUGUCCGAAGUGGAAAUCAGGAGAUUGGGGACAGUGCUCGGUGUCCUGCGGUCGCGGUGUCCAGCGGCGUGCGGUGCAAUGCCACGGCGGUGCCCCGACGGCAGCGUGCGACCCUGCGAGCCAACCUGCUGCCCAGCGGGACUGCCAGCUCCCCCAGUGCCCCACGCACCGCUGGGCUACGGGCGAAUGGCAAACGUGCAUGAAGACGUGUGGGGAGGCGGCUCGGUACCGCAAGGUGUUCUGCGUGGAUGAGAGCAAGCAGGUGCAGAGCAGCACCCACUGCGACGCCAGCAAACGGCCCCCAGAGAUGGAGAGCUGCGGGCUGCCGCCCUGUGAAUACAUCUGGAUCACUGGGGAAUGGUCGGAGUGCUCCGUCACCUGCGGCAAGGGCUACAGGCAGCGCCUGGUGUCGUGCAGCGAGAUUUACACCGGCAAGGACCACUAUGAAUAUGGCUACCAGAACACGGUCAGCUGCCCCGGCACGCAGCCACCCAACAUCCAGCCCUGCUACCUCGGGGAGUGCCCCGUUUCUGCAUCCUGGCGCGUCAGCAACUGGGGAAGCUGUUCUGUGACCUGCGGGGUUGGCAUCAUGCACCGCUCGGUGCAGUGCCUGACCAACGAUGACCAGCUCAGCAACUUGUGCCAUGUGGAUCUGAAACCCGAGGAGAGGAGGACGUGCCACAAUGUCCACGACUGUGAAUUACCGAGGAGCUGCAGUGAUGUUAAAAAUCUCAAAGGUGUCACUGAAGACAGUGAAUAUUUCCUUAAAGUCAAAGGGAAGACAUUAAAGGUGUAUUGCUCUGGGAUGCAGACUGACAGCCCAAAGGAGUACGUGACCCUUGUAAAUGGAGAUGCAGAGAACUUUUCAGAAGUGUACGGAUACAGAUUGCAUAACCCGACCGAAUGUCCGUAUAAUGGGAGCAGACGAGAAGACUGCCAGUGUAGGAAAGAUUACACAGCAGCUGGGUUUUCCACCUUCAGCAAAGUAAGGCUGGACCUGAACACUAUGCAAAUAAUAACAACUGACUUACAGUUUGCCCGGACGCAUGAUGGACGACCUGUUCCUUAUGCCACUGCUGGGGACUGCUACAGUGCAGCCAAAUGUCCUCAGGGUCGCUUCAGCAUAGACCUGUAUGGGACAGGCCUGUCUUUAACGGGAACGGCGAAGUGGCUUUCCCAAGGGAAUUAUGCAGUGUCAGAAAUUCAAAAAUCCCCAGAUGGUACCAAAGUAGUAGGAAGAUGUGGUGGUUACUGUGGGAAGUGUACCCCGUCGUCUGGAACAGGCCUCGACGUGCAGGUGUUAUAGCAAUGGUUCUCUGAGAGCAUCCCGUGGAGAUGAGACGGAUGAAGGAUAGCGAUGCAAUACCUCUGCCUCCCACUUUUUUAACCUGUUUAUGUGUGUAUAUAGAUCGCAUAUUCUUAAUGUACAGUAUAAUAUUUAUGUUUGGAAUUAUUUAUUUUGAUUUAAUAUUUUUGUACGUAAAAUCAUUAUAUUAAGGCUGCUUUUACUAUUUUUAUUUUUUAUUGUUAAAUCCUGCAGUCAAACCACUGCAUUUUGCGUACUCUACAUUAUAUGUAGCAUUAUGACAAGUGAUACUUUAUUGUCACUGUAUUCAGUUGUUUACUUUCAAUCAGUAAUUUUCCUUCAGUUACGGGCUGCUUUAGCCCUCCACGGUGCUACACAAUCUGCAUUGGGGUAUUUUUGGCAUUUCAAUCUGUCUUGAUGUAAGGAAAAUAGACAAGAUGUGCUUAAAUUUUAAUUUAGCAAUUAGGCUGACAGCACUCAAGGAAAACAUGACAAUGAAUACAGUGCUCGUUGCAUUAGCAAUCUUUAUCUUUUAGGUAUGUUUUGAAUUUCACAUGACCUCUGUGGCCGGUGCUGAAAGCGCUGGUUUGGUGCUAACAUGGUAUUUAUUAACGCUCAGUAAUUUUAGUUAAUCCGCUGCCUUUAUCAGUGGGAAAAGGAAGAAAGCAGAGAAAUUGUCAGGCGAUUCAAAUAGAAUCAAUCAUAGAAUCCAUCAAUAGGAUUCAAUCAUAGAAUAUCCCAAGCUGGAAGGGACACAUAAGGAUCAUUGAGUCCAACUCCUGAUUCUAUGCAAUAGAUAGAGAUCUGCUCCAAGUUCAGGAAAAUUCCUACAGAUGGAUCUUCAGCAGAGCCCUGUUUUGUGUAGAGCUCCAAAAAGCUCCCAUUUCCCUGCUAAUUGCAUGUGCCACCGUGCUUCCCACCUCCAUCUGGCAGCAGGGCGAUGGGGCCGUAUGUUCCCUGGGCUGCAUGCUGAAGAACUGCAGCUCAUUAGGGACGUGGUCACAAAAUCCCAACGCACUGUUGGCUCUGUGGGGUCCUGCCACCCGUGGGGCUGGUGGGGACGCAGGGGCAGGGCUGGGGUACCACAUCCCAGCAAUGCUUCCCACGCACUGUGCCCAUUUGUGGGGCCGUGCAGCGUCAGCGCUGCUGUGUUUCCAGCAGGAUCAGCUUGUACUCGCAGAGUGAUACCCCCCCCCCCAGCAAACAGGCUGCUUGACGCCUACUUCUGUACGGCUUCCUAUCCUCCUGAUAAGGCAUCUGUGCUCUUUGCUGUCCGCGAUCCAAUGUACAACCAGACCUUAAGUGGUUUCUGUAGUGUUUCUGUAAUGGAGAAACGCGGCUGUGCAAUGCCCUGCCUGUACAUAGCCUGCUGCUUGCAGCACUGCGCAGAGCUUCGUAGCACGUUGAACGGGGGUGAUGUGACCAGAUUAUUUUUGUAGUCUAUGACUAUGUCCCUUAAUUCUUUCUCCUUGAUUCUACGUAGCAAUAGGAAAACGCUGCCCCAGCGCCUUAGGUCGGGGCAGCCGGGAGCACGAAGGACAAAUUUGCAGCACAGAAUUGCCAGCAUUUCAGAAGACUCACCCAGCUAAGUCUUUAAAUUUGGGCUGCAGAUACUCAGCAAACCCGACCUCAGGAUUUUCUGUAUAGCUCCCCAAAGGAGAGCUCCCUGCACUCGUAACCCAUGCGUUUGGCAGCCCGCAGAGUGAGACUUGUCAGCCUGACGGUCAGGCAUUGCCACAUGGAUGUAAAUUGGUGGGCAUCCAAUUUGGGAGCAGGGUUGGGUUAAAAUGCAGCUAAAGAAUUGGUGCUCGGCGCUCACCAGUGUGCCCCUGUCGCUCUCGUUAAUAUACAGGCUUAAAGGGGAGAAUGAGAAUUGUACUUAUGAUUAGGGGUGGGUUUUUUAUUUGUUGUUUAAUAGCACGUACAGUAAGUGGAUGUGAUUAUAUCUUAGAUUGCUAUUUCACCUAUGUCUUCUGCCUACAGUAAGAAUUGAUACCUCCCUGUGAAAAAAAAAAAUGCCAAAAAUACCAUUUCAAAGGUCAAAGAAAGGGGAAAGGGAAAAAGGGAAAGGGAA